AUGCACAUGAGGCUUUUCCUGACCUAACCGAGACCUGCCGUUGCCCAGCGCCUCGUGUCUCGCGCUGGCCCGAGUCGCGGCACCGUUCCUAGGGGCAAAGGAACCGCUUUUUGGCAGUACUCUGUGUCUUGUGGCGUGGGAGACAUUUGGUAAUGGAAAGCUGCGGGGUGGAGGCGCGUGGAGGCGGGGCGGCGGGGCGGGGCAGGGCAGUCUGACGUGUUCCCGGGGCGCGCCAACACCACGCGCACCGCAGCUUCGAGUACAGAGCCAGUGUUGAGAGCUCCGAGUCUCCGCCACUGCGACCGCGCCACCGCCACGCCACCGCCGCCUGCGUCAGCGUUGCGUGAGGCUGAGAGUUGCGUUACGGGGCUGAGGAGUGUUGAGUGUGUUCAGCAAGUCUCCUCGGUGUUCAGUUACGCCCCCCACCCUCCCCUUCCGCCAGUGCUUCGUAGGCUUGGUGCAACAUGAGCCUUGAGUGAACCUGUGUCCCGCAGCGGUGACGGUGGAGUCCUUGCCGUCUCCAAGCUGUCUGCCAUCUUGCAUCUGACUGUGUUGCGUGCGUGCGUGCGUGCGUGCGUGCAGUGCCCCGAGUGUUGCGAACCUGUGGCUGCCUUGACCUCGUUUGGUGCCGUUACGCGAGCAGUGAUCCGGAGGACGCACAGAGCAGUGCUUAGCGCUCGCUGUAAUCGUGCAGGUGCUGCCGCCGAUAAUUACCGGGUGGGCGCUACGAGUGUUGGUGCGCCGCGGGUGUUGUGGCCAGCUGUGUGAUUAGCCAAGUGUUCGGGCGAGGAGGCGGCGGCCGCGUAUGAGCGUUGCAAACCGUGCAGAGUGCUGAGGCGCGAGGCUGCCGUGGUGAGCGUGGCCGCGUGAGCUGGCCGGUACGGAGCACCCGAUUCCUCCGGGCACGGCUCCGGGCGAGGCAGCCCUGGGUAGGCUGCCGUCCCCGACGCUGAGCAAGAGACCUCCCCUCCCCUCCCUGCCCCUGCUGAGCCUCCCGUGCAGCGGCCCCCCGCCAGGCACCGUGUGUGAGGGGCAGGCGUGUGGGCGGCCGCGUGGAUGUGGUGGCUGCGGCGGUGACGUCGGGAUGAAGGUGAGCGGCGGCGAGGGUGUCGGACCCGUGUGGCAAACCCUCAAGGGCCUCAGCUCCCGGGAUGCGCCCUGCGGCGGUGACCUCAGCCCCGGCCACCUCCAGCAGCAGUCGCAGCAGCAGCAGCAGCAGCAGCAGCAGCGGGGUGCCCAGAGCUCUAGCGCGGCGGCUGAGCGCCUCGCCCGCCGGGACUCCUGUCCGCUCGACACGCCCUCCUCCUCGUGCCCGCCGCGGGAGGUGACUCUGCCGCACCUCAUCCUGCCUGAAGGCGACCGAUCGCCGGUGCUCUACAACGGGUCUGUGGCGACGCCCGCCUCCGCGCCGCCCAUCACUGCCUCAGGGGAGGGAGUUGGCAGGACGCCCUGGGGGCCGCCCUCCUCCUCCACCACGUCUACCUCACUCUCCAACACCAACCUCGCCCUCCAAAAGAACGCCUCGACCACCCCCAACAACAUGAUGCUCAGCAACAACAACGUCAGCGUCAGCUACGCCGCGUCGCCCAAGGCCCAGACGCCCGAGGCCGAGACUCCCAGCGUGUUCAGCUUCCUGUCAGGGCUGCCCUACCAGUUCAUGAUUGAUCUCUUUCUUUCGGAUAUUCCACUUCUGUUACUUCAUGAUUUGUAUCGACACACAAGGAUCAGCAGCAAGAAGAUGAGGAAGCGAGUGGUGCAGAAGAACGGGGAGUGCAACGUCUCGCCCUCCAACGUGGCCAAGAGACGCAGACGCUACCUCCAGGACAUCUUCACUACCCUCGUGGACAUACAGUGGCGAUGGACUCUCCUGGUGUUUGCCAUGUCCUUCAUCAGCUCCUGGCUCAUGUUUGCCGUGGUGUGGUGGGUCAUCGCCUACAUGCACGGAGACAUGCUGCCCCACCACCUGCCCGACCAGCAAGCGGCCUCAAAAUGGACUCCCUGCGUCAUGAACAUCUUCAGCUUCACGUCCUGCUUCCUGUUCAGCGUGGAGACCCAGCACACCAUCGGCUACGGGUCCCGGCACACCACGGAGAAAUGCCCCGAGGCGAUCUUCGUGAUGUGCAUUCAGAGCAUCACCGGCGUUAUGAUACAGGCGUUCAUGGUCGGCAUCGUCUUCGCUAAGCUCUCGCGGCCGAAGAAGCGAACGCAGACGCUCAUGUUCUCCCGCAACGCCUGCCUGUGUCUUCGGGACGGGGAGAUGUGCAUGCUCUUCAGGGUAGGCGACAUGAGGAAGUCACACAUCAUCGAGGCUCACGUGCGCGCGCAGCUCAUCCGGAAGAGGGUGACGCGCGAGGGUGAGGUGCUGCCCUUCUUCCAGUACGAGUUGGAUGUGGGCUACGAUAUCGGGGAGGAUCGGAUCUUCUUCAUCUGGCCCAUGACGAUCAUACACAAGAUCAACGAGAAUUCCCCGCUCUACGACCUCUCGGCUCACGACCUCUUGCGGGAGAAGUUUGAGAUCGUGGUUAUCCUGGAGGGCGUCAUCGAGUCCACAGGCAUGACCACGCAGGCUCGCUCUUCGUACCUACCCAACGAGAUUCUCUGGGGAUACAGGUUCGAACCCCUCGUGACCUUCAACAAAGACCUGGGCGAGUACGCGGUGGACUACUCGCUCUUCAACAACACGUACCAGGUCAACACGCCUCUAUACUCGGCGCGGGAGCUCGACCGCCUCAACAGCCAGGAGUCGACGCCGGAACGAGAACCCAGAAGCUCAAGGUCACCGUCCCUUCAGCAGCAGCAGCAACAACAACUACAAAUAGGGCAGGAGCACGAGGAGGAGGAGGAGGAGGAGGAAGAGGAGGAGGAGGAGGAGGAGGAGAGGAGCAGUAUUAUCACAGUCACGCCUCUCACCCCCGCUACGCCCAUGUCCCCGCUAACGCCCAUGACUCCAACCUCCGCCUCGGGCACGGGGUCCUGCGCCCUGGACAUGCCCUGCCCCAGCGUGGUCUGCGAGGACACCACCGCCACCCAGCCCCUCCUGCAGGAUCACAACCAUGUCUAGCAGAUCGCCCCGGGUACCCGCGGGUGCCCGUGUCCGUGCCUUACUGGAGUGGAGAUGACACUGCGCGUGCGGGGCUGCCGGGGCGGACAGCCGUGCCCCAGUGAGCCCGCCCAGCUGCCCUCGCCCGCCCUGCGCCCCUCGGCCGCUACGU